GUUUGGACUGACAAUAAGCGAACAACAAACUCUCGUUCUUUCCUCAACUCAACGCGAUUUCACCCCUUGACCAGGAGAACUGCAGUGACGUUGUACCUGCACUUCCUCCCAAAUCACCAUUUUCACCUCUCAUAGGUGAGAUUGACAAGGAAAAGAUGUCGCUAACAAGCGUAAAAAUGUCCGAAGAAGUGUGGUUAACUUGCGUCACCCACGCAUUUUCCACCGAAACUGAAGAGAUCAUGGGCCUUCUUCUUGGGGACAUUGAGUGUUCGAGAAGUGGAAAUACGACUGCUUUGAUAUGGGGCGCGGCACCGCAGACUCGGUCUGAUAGGAGGAAGGAUAGAGUGGAGACUAAUCCCGAACAGUUGGCUGCAGCAUCAGCUAUGGCGGAAAGGAUGAGUGCUGCAACAGGAAGAAGAACAAGAGUGAUUGGAUGGUAUCAUUCUCAUCCUCAUAUAACUGUCCUUCCAUCGCAUGUUGAUGUGCGCACUCAGGCAAUGUAUCAGCUUUUAGAUUCAGGCUUCAUUGGGCUUAUAUUUUCAUGUUUUAAUGAAGAUACUUUUAAGGUUGGAAGAAUUCAAGCCAUUGCUUUCCAGUCCCUGGAUGGGAAACAGAGCUACAUUUCAAGAGCUGUUACUCUGUCUCCUGUACAUAAAAAUAAUAUCAUAGAUGUUGAAUCAUCUCUGAGUUCUGAUGAUGCUUCAAGGUUAGGUUCUGGAAAGGCUGAAAAACUUGAACAGGACACUGGUGAUUCAAGAACUGCUUCAACUAAGGGCACUGAUAGAGUAGGAGGGAAGUUUCAUCCUGAAAGCUCUGGUAAUGCUUUUGGCGACAUCGAUCCCAUGGAUAUGUCUGAUGGCAUGCAAGAAGCAAUGCACCGCUCUCAUUUGGAAAUGAGUGGAGCAGAGUAUAUUCGGAAAGAAAUUCCUCUUGACGUUCUUCCUGCAUUGUCCCUUCUCAAGCUUGAUUCACCUUUGUCCUCUUUUACGGAUUUGCAGCGCGUGCUAUAUGAAGAGGAGAAGGCUGCUUAUCACCAAGCCGUAUCCCAGAAUAUCAGGGAUGGCAAGGUUCAUCCUCUUACUUUCAUUCAUCAUACAUCAACAUAUCAGGCUUCAAUGUGCAAGUUAAUGGAGUACUGUCUUACUCCUGCUAUUGAGGCUCUUGAAGACCGUCUUCGAGAAAAUGAACUUCGGUUAGGAAUGUUGACUGAAGAAGCAAAAGUUUUGGAGGCCGAGGCCUCCAGAGGGACUGAGGGUACAAUAGGAUCCCCACUUCGGGUUGACAGUUAUCGAAGCAGUCCUGCUCGUGCUCAUAGUUUCGGCGAAUCUGUUAAUAUAAGAAGUCCUGCUCCUGCUAGUCCAAGUAGCAGAAGUAGAAAAGGUUUUUGACAAAAUUCAACAGUUAAGCUUCUGAGUUUUUAGUGACAAUUCUUGCUCAAGGUUUUGGAUUUCCGGGAUAAAUUGUAAUUUCACUAUCAUACUUCCCCAUUUUGGUGGCGUUUCAGCUGAUCGAAACAGUGCUUUGUAGCAAGGUUGUAUUAUAUAAACAGUGUCCUGUAAAUGUUGAUGAAUCAAGCAAUGAAUGCAAUUGUUUUGUUUUUCUAGGAA